AUGCCACAAUUCUCGGUAUGGGACUACAUGGUAUUCUCGUGGAUGCUGCUCAUCUCAACCAUCGUUGGCAUCUACUAUGCAUGGACAGAAAGGAGCAAGCAGACAGAAACUGAUUUCCUCAUGGGUGGACGCCAGAUGUCGGGAGUGCCCGUGUCCCUGUCACUCACAGCCAGCUUCAUGUCAGCCAUCACCGUCCUGGGCACGCCAGCGGAGGUGUACCGCUUUGGUGCCAUGUUCGGGCUCUUCUGCAUCUCCUACACCCUGGUGGUCAUCAUCACCUCUGAGAUCUACAUGCCCGUCUUCUACCGGCUCAGGAUCAGCAGCACCUACGAGUACCUAGAACUUCGAUUUAAUAAGCAGGUGCGUCUCCUUGGGACGGUUUUCUUUAUCUUGCAGACGAUACUCUACACUGGGAUUGUUAUCUAUGCUCCUGCUCUUGCUUUGAAUCAAGUCACAGGCUUUGAACUCUGGGGUGCCGUCCUCACAACCGGGCUCGUCUGUACUUUCUACUGCACGAUGGGAGGUCUCAAAGCCGUGGUCUGGACAGAUGUCUUUCAAGCUUUCAUUAUGGUAGCAGGAUUUGCAUCAGUGAUCAUCCAGACUGCAAGAAUUCAAGGCGGAAUAAAAACUGUCCUGAAACAUGCCAGGGAAGGAGGAAGAUUGAGAAUCUGGGACUUUAAUCCGAACCCCUUGCAAAGACACACUUUCUGGACAAUUUCGAUAGGGGGCACUUUCACAUGGACCAGCAUCUAUGGUGUUAACCAGUCCCAAGUGCAGAGAUACUUGGCCUGUAAAAGUAAGGCCCACGCCAGACUAGCCCUUUAUUUAAAUCUCGUGGGGCUCUGGAUAAUUCUUUUCUCGGCAGUAUUCAGCGGAUUGUCACUGUACUCCAUGUAUCGUCACUGCGAUCCUUUGAUGUCAAACAAAGUCAGAGCGACAGACCAGCUCAUGCCCUACCUGGCCGUGAAUAUUUUACAUGAGUAUCCCGGACUCCCAGGACUCUUUGUGUCAAGCGCCUAUAGUGGAACGUUGAGCACAGUGUCCACCAGCAUCACCGCUCUCGCCGCUGUGACCGUAGAAGAUCUCAUCAAACCACAAUUAGUUUCGCCUUCACCAAGGACUCUUUCUUUGAUUUCGAAAGGAACAAGUGUGUUCUUUGGCAUCAUUUGCAUAGGGAUGGCUGCCUUGGCGUCAUUAAUGGGAGGUCUGUUACAGGCUGCGCUCAGCAUAUUUGGCAUGAUUGGAGGGCCUCUCUUGGGCUUGUUUUCUCUGGGAAUUUUAAAUCCUUACGCCAACGCUAUUGGUUCGUUUAUGGGUCUUAUGUCUGGACUGUGCUUGUCAAUAUGGAUUGGAGUUGGGGCUUACUUUUACCCUCCCCCUGCUUCAAGAACAUUACCAUUACCCCUUUCUACGGCAAAUUGUACUGGAAGUAGAAGCAUCCCUCUGAAUUUGACUGGUUUAGCAGAGCAAUCAUUCUCAGCAGCAUGGAAAACUACUGUGGGAAGGAGUCUUCUAAUGAAUAAUAUAUAUUCCCUUUCUUACCUCUACCUAAGCACUUUGGGGACAUUAACAACCGUAAUUAUGGGAACCAUUUUCAGCCUUCUAACAGGAGGAAAAGAUCAGACUAUAAAUCCCAAAUACCUCCUGAACAGAGAAGAUAUGACGUUGGGAAAAUUUUUAAUAAAGAACCAAGAUGAAACUUCUACAUCAUACAGUUAG